CACCCCCAGGUGGAGGGUGGCGGCAGGCCCAGUGGGGCCCCCGCUGCCCUCUGCCCUGGGCGCUGGGUCAGAGCCUGCCGGGCACUGCGGGACAGGGCGAACGCGGCGGCCUGGGGGCUCGGAGGCGAAGAUGGCGUCAGGCAGGCGCGCCCCGCGCACAGGGCUGCUGGAACUGCGCGCCGGAGCGGGCUCGGGGGCCGGCGGAGAGCGGUGGCAGCGGGUGCUGCUCAGUCUAGCUGAGGACACGCUGACCGUGAGCCCCGCCGACGGCGAACCCGGCCCGGAACCCGUCGCCCAGCGGGAGCCGGUGCCCGCGCAGCUCAACGGUGCCACCGAACCAGGCGCCGCGUCCCCGCAGCUGCCUGAGGCGCAACUGCCCCAGACGCGCUUCGUGACGGUGCACAAGGCCGAUGCCGGCGGGCUGGGUAUCAGCAUCAAAGGCGGCCGAGAGAACAAGAUGCCUAUUCUCAUCUCCAAGAUCUUCAAGGGCCUGGCAGCUGACCAGACGGAGGCCCUCUUCGUGGGGGAUGCCAUCCUGUCAGUGAAUGGGGAAGACCUUUCCUCUGCCACCCAUGAUGAGGCAGUGCAAGUCCUGAAGAAGACAGGCAAAGAGGUGGUGCUGGAGGUCAAGUACAUGAAGGAGGUCUCACCAUAUUUCAAGAACUCUGCCAGUGGGACCUCAGUUGGCUGGGACUCGCCUCCUGCCUCACCCCUACAGCGGCAGCCUUCCUCCCCUGGCCCCCUACCCCGGGACCUGAGUGAUGCCAAACACGUGUCCUUGAAGAUGGCAUAUGUCUCAAGGAGGUGCACCCCUACUGACCUGGAGACCAGGUAUCUGGAGAUCUGUUCAGCAGAUGGCCAAGACACGCUAUUCCUGAGGGCCAAGGACGAGGCUAGCGCAAAGUCAUGGGCAGCUGCCAUCCAAGCCCAGGUCAACGCUCUGGUGCCCCGGGUCAAAGACGAGCUGCAGGCGCUGAUGUCAGCCACCGGCACAGCCGGGAGCCAGGACAUCAAGCAGAUAGGCUGGCUGACUGAGCAGCUGCCCAGUGGGGGUACAGCACCCACCUUGGCCCUGCUGACUGAAAAGGAGCUGCUCCUCUACAACUGUCUCCCCCAGACCCGUGAGGCCCUGAGCCGGCCGGCCCGCACCGCCCCGCUCAUCACCACCAGGCUGGUGCACUCAGGCCCCGCCAAGGGCUCGGUGCCCUACGAUGCAGAGCUCUCUUUUGCCCUGCGCACGGGCACGCGCCACGGUGUGGACACUCACCUGUUCAGCGUGGAGUCACCGCAGGAGCUGGCUGCCUGGACCCGCCAGCUGGUGGAUGGCUGUCACCGGGCCGCUGAGGGUGUGCAGGAGGUGUCUACAGCCUGCACGUGGAACGGCCGGCCCUGCAGCCUCUCGGUGCAUAUUGACAAAGGCUUCACACUGUGGGCGGCUGAGCCAGGUGCGGCCCGAGCUGUACUGCUCCGACAGCCCUUUGAGAAGCUGCAGAUGUCUUCUGACGAUGGUGCCAGUCUCCUUUUCCUGGACUUCGGGGGCCCUGAAGGAGAAAUUCAGCUGGACCUGCAUUCGUGCCCCAAAACGAUGGUCUUCAUCAUCCACUCCUUCCUCUCAGCCAAAGUCACCCGCCUGGGGCUCCUGGCCUAGAGGUUGUCAGACGCAUUAGCCCUGAAGAUGGGGUGUUCACCACGGGGCCUGACAUGGCCCUCGGAUUGCCUGCUUACCACUGGGCCGAGGGAAGGGAGAGGAAAGGAGCAAGGAUGCAGAGACCCAGCCCCCAAGGGAGGCUGGGGAUAGUCUUGGGGACUGGGACCCAGACUCAGGACACAGUGGAUCCUGCCCAUGGUGGGGUAGCCUCUCUGCUACCCCCCCCACCCCCCACCAGUGCCUUUUGUGGAGAGGUAUUUUUUUGUACACAGAAGCCAUUCCGAGCCUGGGACCUGCCCCUGUGGGGAUCCUGACCCCAGCCAACAACUGCCUGGCCUUCUUGGGGCCCCUAAACUGUCCCCCGAGACCCCCCCACCAAAGCUGGAGUUCCCCCGGGUCUAUGGCAAGAGGAAGAGGAACCUUUCCGUUCAUCUCUCCCCUCAGCCCCACCACCGUGGGGCGUCUGGUUUUUCUCUUCAUCUUCUCUUUCCCCCUUACUCUUGGGUAAAUAAACAGCCUGUGAGCACACAGGGAGCCUGGC